AGCGCACAAAGCGUACGCUGGCUCUUUAUUUGCUCCAUAGAGAUUCUCUUUCCUGGGGUUUUUGAGGUAACGUACAUGAUCACUUCAGUUUUCAAUACCGUAAGCUAACUGGAUGCACUGGAAACAUAAUAUACAUAAUAGCAAGAAGGCUAAAGCCAGUACUUAAAAUAUGCAUUGGAGUGAAAAGGUAGCGUUGAGAAUAGUCGGCAGCUAACGCUUGCCAAACUACAUUGCCAAAAAAUAACUUCUCUUUGGAUGAUACGAAAAGUUAACACGCUCGACAUUCAAAAGGCGGUAUUUGCGGUCGGAUUUUGAGCCACUCCCACUCCCCUGGCUCCAUGGCGGCGGCGGUGCGAGGCAGCGAGUGGUCGUGCGGCCGCUGCACCUACCUGAACGCCGGGGCGUCGCCGCGCUGCUCCAUCUGCGAAGCUCCGCGGCAGAAGCCCGACCUCAACAAGAUCCUGCGUCUGAGCUGCAGCGAGGAGCAGCGCUGGGCGUGCCCCCGCUGCACCCUCAACAACCCCCAGGGCUCCGGAGCCUGCUCCGUCUGCGGCUUCGGCCCCUCCCCCGGCACGCCCAGCCCCCCCGCCGCCCCCGCCGCUGCUGCCACCUCCAAUGGCCUCCUCCCCUCGGCUCCUCCCGAGCUGCCCAGCCCCGCGGCGGCCCCGGCCGUCCUCCCGGAGCCUCGCGGCCAGCCGCCCGCCAAGGAGGAGGGGCUGCGUCGCUCGGAGAGCAACGGCGAGGUGGGCGCGGCGCCAGAGGGGCAGCACGCGGGGUGGGCGUGUCCCAGGUGCACGCUGCACAACACGCCGGUGGCGCUGUCGUGCUCGGCCUGCGGGGGGCCCAGGAAGCUGUCGCUGCCCAAGAUCCCCCCCGAGGCCCUGGUGGUGCCCGAGGUGCGCACGCCCGUGCUGGGCUUCCCCGUCCCCGUGACGGCGGGGGCCCCGCUCCUCAUCGACCUGACAGCGGACGAGUCACCGCCGGCUCCGCCCUGCGAGCCCCAGGAGCCCCCCCAGCCCCUCACCUCCCCCUUCAGCCUUUUCUCCUCCCUCCAGAACAACCCCGUGCCCCGGAGCCGGAGAGAGGUGCCCCCGCCGGGGAGACCCCCCAACCCCGGCGCCAACGCCCCCAGCCCCACCUCCCCCUCCACGGCCGGCAUCCCCCCCCAGCCCUGCCCCCCGCUGCCCCUCAGACCCCCCAAGCCCAAGCAGGCCCAGCCCCAGGAGCCCCCCUUCCCCAGCAAGCGCCUCAGCAUCCUGGAGGAGGAGGACCAGGGCGCGGCCCCCGUCACCACGGCGCCCACCUGGAAGUGCCCCGGCUGCUCGCUGGCCAACCUGGGCGGGGCGUCCAAGUGCGAGGCGUGCCGCUCGUCGCGGGCGGGCGCCGACAUCAUCGACCUGGUGGGCUGUGAGGCGGUGCGUUUCACGCCGGCCAGCCCCUCCAGCCCAGACUUCAGCACCUGGGCCUGCUCCAAGUGUACCCUGCGCAACCCCACGGGGGCGCCCAAGUGCUCCGCCUGCGGCUCGUCCAAGCUGCACGGCUUCCAGGAGCAGCAGAGCUCCGCCCGCCUCCCCUGCCUGCACUGUGGCCUGCCUGGCCCCGCCCCCUGCACGUGCUCCUCCUCCUCAGGACACAAGGCACGUAAACAGGCCCGAGUCUACCCCUCCUCCGCCUCCUCCUCCGCCUCCUCCUCCGCCCUGCUGGAGAAGGCUGGCCAGUGGGCCUGCCCCGCCUGCACGCUGCUCAACGACGUCAAGGCCAAGAACUGCGUGGCGUGCCACACCCCUCAGCAGUACCUGACCCUGCGCAAGGUGAGCAAGCCGCUGAAGAGGAGGGAGAGCAUGCACGUGGAGGCCCGCCGCCGCAACGACGAGGGCGAGGCCAAGGAGCUGUGGGAGAACAUCGUCAGCUUCUGUCAAGAGAAUGUGGUGAACUUCGUAGACGACAGUUUUCCUCCAGGCCCUCGUUCGGUUGGCUUUCCCGAGGGAGACAGCGUGCAACAGCGAAUCAAGAAGUGGCUCCGCCCCCAUGAGAUCAACUGCAACAACUUCAAAGACCGGGGAGUGAAAUGGUCGGUCUUUCGAACGCCGCGGCCCUCGGACAUCCUGCAAGGGCUUCUGGGAAACUGCUGGUUUCUGAGUGCCCUGGCCGUGCUGGCGGAGCGUCCAGAGCUGGUGGAGAGAGUGAUGAUCACACGGGGGAUCUGCCAGGACGGAGCGUACCAGGUCCGGCUGUGUAAGGACGGCACCUGGAUCACCGUCCUGGUGGACGAC